AUGAAACGACAUUCAAUUGAACACAAUUUUACAUUUCCGCUAGCAAGAAAUUUCAAACGAUUACGAGAUUAUUCUUCGAAACAUGAUUGGACAUUAGAAUAUAAAAGAAAAUUAAAGAAAAGUUAUCAUCGGAAAGAAGAAGACAAAGACGAAGAACAGCAGCAACAACAACAAUACCAUUGCUAUGUCUAUUUGAAAUUCUUUCCAUCAACAUUAAAAUGUUCAAUUGAUGUCAUUGUUAAAAGUACCGAACUAUCAUUAAAUGAUUCCGAUGAUCAAGAUGCAAUUUUAAUUGGCAAAACACGAAUAGCAAAACCGAUAAAAUCAGGCGUUGUUCGUGUUCGUUUAGUUUCCUCGUUAUUCAGUGCUGACGCCGAUGUUCAUGAAGAUAUAUCUCUAAUUAAGCUUGAAACAAUUGCUUCACAGACAUUUCAUCAUCAUUUCGAUAAGCAAUUUGCCCUUGUUUUAAAGAAUAAUCGAAUUGGUCCGGGUGUGAUUGGAAAAUUAUUUGUUGAAUCCUUAGAUCCAUCGAACGGUUCUUAUACAAAUAACCCACCGAUAUUUGAACUGAAUCUUAAUUUAGCAAAUGAACAUGAAAUUUUCUCUACUGCAUCCAAUCAGAAAAUUCAACAAAAUUUCACGUUGGAAUGUGGUUGUAUUCUUACAUCUGAUCAAUCUCGUUUGUCAAUUAGCGAUAAAUGCAAUUUAUCGCUAAAAGACAUGAAAGUAAUUCAUCGAUUAGCUGAGCCACUUCGCUGUUUGUGGAAAACAAUUGGUCGAGAAUUAUCACCAUGUUUCAAUGAAAAUGAUCUAAAUGAUAUCAGUCAAAGAUAUUAUCUGAGUGAUGGAAACCAUGAAUGUGCUUAUCAACUACUACGAGAAUGGUAUAUACGUGAACCAUAUCAAGCAAAUAUUCGUUGUUUAUUAACUCGAAUGAAACUUCCUUUCGAUUUAAUUGAAAUCAUUCACAAUGAUGUUGUUAGGACAUUUCUUUCCUCGUAA